AUGCUAAGCAAACAUCUCUGCAUCAAAUAUGGACAACGUACCAAUCUUGUCGAGGCGCAAACUAUGCUUUUCGUCGCCCGAAACACAACAUUACCUGUUCCGAAAGUACAUUGUGCUUUUGUCCACAAAGGAUGCACCUACAUUCUCAUGGAGAGGAUACACGGCCAACCAUUAGGGAAAUCUUGGGUGCAGAGAUCUCCUGCGUCAAAACUUAUGAUACUCGAAUGCCUGAAAAAAUUGGUCUCUCAAAUGCGCUGUUUACACACGGACAACAAUCGUAUAAGAAGCGUAACUGGUGGUUCUCUUUACGACCCCAGAAUGCCUACUACAGCUGGACGAUUUGGCCCAUUCGAGAAUGUUCAGCAGUUUCACUGUCAUCUUCGACAUGGCAUACAAGCUCACAGCAACCAUGAUGCAGACGUCACAAAACUUAUCAUCUUACACAGUAGGGACUGGAACGCUCCAACUUUUACUCAUGGCGAUUUGAGCAGCCUUAAUAUUCUCGUGCGUGGAGAUGACGUUGUUGGUAUAAUUGACUGGGAGACGGCAGGCUGGUACCCGUCAUAUUGGGAAUAUACUACCGCAUGCCAGGUGAAUCCACAAAAUUCGUUCUGGAGGGAUGAGAUUGACAAAUUCUUAGUGGCAAUGCCGGAAGCACUUGCGAUGGAACACCUCCGACAGAAAUAUUUUGGUGAUUUCUGA